CUCCACUUGAUAGGGGAAGCCCAUUAUAAUUCCAAAAGGACUAAUUCUCAACAACUACUGAAGAAACCUACUUCGGCUUCGUUAGGGUUCUGCAGAUAUUUACGGGGCUCCCUUUCCUUCACAGCCUUGUGGUCGUCUUCAGCUAACGCAAAACACCCUUCGUAUUGCCCUCUGUUCUCCACCUGCAUCAUCUAUCAUGGCAAACACUGCGACGCGAUCGUUUUUGCAAGUGGCUGCGACGGAGGAAGCCACGCCCCCCCUCAGAGUCGUUCAAAUCGAAGGAUUGGUACGCUUUUACUGCACACGCUUAUUGUUAUUAUAAAAAUAAUAAAACAUUGCAAGGAGUUUUCGCCAGCUUUAGUAACUGGACAGCUGCUUGGGUUAGAUGUGGGCAGUGUUCUUGAAGUCACCAAUUGUUUUCCGUUCCCGAUUCGUGAGGAAGAUGAAGAGAUAGAAGCAGAAGGUGCUAAUUAUCAGCUUGAAAUGAUGAGAUGCCUUAGGGAGGUCAAUGUUGAUAACAACACUGUUGGAUGGUAUCAAUCAACUUUGUUUGGCUCCUUCCAGACAGUGGAAUUGAUAGAGACUUUUAUGAAUUAUCAGGAAAAUAUUAGACGUUGUGUCUGCAUAAUUUAUGAUCCAUCAAGAUCUAACCAAGGUGUCCUGGCUCUAAAGGCAUUGAAGCUUUCUGAUUCAUUCAUGGAACUUUAUCGAAGUAAUAACUUCACAGGAGAGAAGUUAAGGGAGAAGAAUCUUUCUUGGGUUGAUAUCUUUGAAGAGAUCCCUAUUAAGGUUUCAAAUUCUGCUCUUGUCAGUGCUUUUAUGACGGAGCUUGAGGCAGAUACUCCUGUCACACAGUGUGAUUCUGAAAGGUUGCAAUUGUCAACCAGCCCAUUUUUGGAGAGAAAUGUGGAGUUUCUGAUUGAGUGCAUGGAUGACUUGUCAAUGGAACAACAAAAGUUCCAAUUCUACUACAGGAAUCUUUCUCGUCAUCAAGCCGCACAGCAGGCCUGGCUUCAGAAAAGAAGGGCUGACAACAUGGCGAGGAAGAAUGCUGGGGAAGAACCAUUACCUGAGGAGGAUCCUUCAAACCCAAUCUUCAAACCUAUUCCUGAACCAUCAAGAUUGGAGAGUUUUCUGAUAACAAAUCAGAUUGCCAACUACUGCAACCAAAUUAAUGGAGUUGCUGGACAAAGCUUUAGCAGACUGUACCUCAUGAAAGCCCUUCACGAAAACUAAAUAAAGGGGUUCUCCAUAAGACGAUUUGAUAUAAUUCGCUAAUGUCUUAUUGUAUGCAUGAAACUUGGUGAAUGUGACUUUUUGGGUGUCGUUGAGUCUGUUUUUUGUUCUAUUUAUCAGAUUUUUUGUUCUGUAAUGCAAUAGGUUUUAAAUGUUGAUGUAAGAAUCAUGUUACUCUUAGUUAUGAUUGCAGGAAUGAUCGUUGUGACGCAUUUCAUUUCUGUCCGUAUUUGAUAAUUUGCGGAAUAGACAUGAAUUAGAUUUUAGUGUUUCGUAGGAUAUGCCCCUAUUUUUGUGUAUAUGUGUAUUUAUGGGGUUAAUUGCCAAGGCAAAAAUAGUAUGCCACAUUUAGUGAGUUUUUUAGUUAGUAUCCGUCCACCUUAUGCUGAAAAUUAUGAACGUCAACAAAAGUUAGGUUGAGAGCCCCUCGGUUGCAGUUCAUGUGGGGCCAUGGUUCUAUAAUGUUUCUGUACUUUUUGUGAUUUUUUUGGAUAUCUAUUUUUUUUUUUUUUCU